AGCUAGCGCAUCGCAUACGCGCAGCGCAGACGAUUUAUGCGAUAUGCAUGUUGUGUAGUGUGUAUCCUAUUACAUACACGACAUACGUGUGCUGCACCAAAAAAAAAAACAUGCUCGGCAAAAUGGCUGUAACAACACACGGAAAUCAGACCGGCAACUCGCAACCAAGUAAAACAUGGGAACUCAGUUUGUAUGAGCUUCACCGCACCCCCCAGGAGGCCAUUACAGACGACACAGAGAUUGCAGUCUCCCCUCGCAGCCUCCACAGUGAGCUGAUGUGUCCAAUAUGCCUGGACAUGCUGAAGAACACCUACACCACUAAGGAAUGCCUGCAUCGAUUUUGUCAAGAGUGCAUCAUUACUGCGCUGAGGAGUGGAAACAAAGAAUGUCCAACAUGUCGUAAGAAACUCGUGUCCAAGCGGUCACUUCGUCCAGAUCCCAACUUUGACGCCCUGAUCUCCAAGAUUUACCCCAGCAGAGAUGAGUAUGAGGCCCAUCAGGAGCGUGUUUUGGCCAAGUUGACCGGUCACCACACUACUGCGUUAAGCAACAGCAUAGAGGAAGGGCUCAAGAUACAAGCCAUGAACAGAGCACAACGAGUGAGGAAGCACAAUCAAGUAUGUGAGGACAUGGACCCAGGGGAUGCCGUCUGUGGUGGCAGUGGAGGGGACAUAGCAAGCCUGGACAUGGAUCCUGAACCUGAACAGGAAGCUGGUGAGGCAGAUACCUGCAAGAGAUUACGGACAUCGGAUGAAUCCAGCACCGAGGCUUUGGAACAAGUUACUGAUAGCAGUAAUGCGGACACGGCUGAUACACAUAAUAACGAGAUUGAACUCGUCUUCAAGCCGCAUCCCUUGCAUGAACAUCAACUCUUGAGACCAGAAUCCAUGCGUUAUCUGAAGACGUCAGCUGUAGCAACCAUCGAUCACCUUGGCAAAUAUCUCUCCAUGCGUGUCGCCUUGGAUGCAAGAGAGAGUGGUCAACGUGACAUUACGGGCCCCCUGGAGUUUGACAUCAGUAUUAGUUCCACACCGGCACAAUAUACGAUAUUGAUAGGGUCGAUGACCCUGGAGCAAGUACAGGACAAAUAUUGGCGAGUGUCCCGGCCAUUGGAGAUGUACUACAGCAUCAAAGGCAGCCAUUAGUGGGGGCCACGGCGCAAUGUACAAUGUAUAUAACCUAAUGUAUUUGAAAUGUCUUGUGUUGUCUGGUCUUGUUUGUGAACUCAGUCAAUAUAAAUGUGCACCACCAAGUGAAUGCACAUAUGUGACGAGUUAUUUCGCAAUGCAGUGCACUACCAAGCAGUUUUUUUAAACCGACAAUACAACUUUCCAACAUCGUCAGUCAACAUCAUGUAUAAAUUAUCCUACAGUUAUUCACUUAUUCUUCAUUGUUAAUGUGCAUUACCACAAAAACAUGAAUGAAUUUGGAAGCCUUGUAACAUGACACUCGUGAUCUUCAUUAAUAUUCCAAACAAUCAGACAGAACAUUACAAUAGUCUUUGUGAAUAAAUAAUAGUUAAGAGACAAGUAAACUUUUGUUGACAAAAAGGCCUGCCUGCGGUAACCUUGUUGGUGCAUUGCAUUGUGAAUUGCCCGUUUCAUCUUCAUGUGAACAAAAGUGCCAACCUGGUACAUAUUGUUACUUGUGCUAUUUUUGAAAAUGACCAAAAUUUCAAUAAUUACCACAAACAUUCGGGGAGUUGGCAGUUAUUUGCAUAUACGCAUGAAUUAUGAACGAGAAUGUAAUAUUUAGUGUAUGUGAUCUUACUAGGGGAGAUUGGAAAUAAAAAAACAUGGUGAAAGCAACCCA